AUGACCGCUAUCACCAUUCUUGUCAUUUCUUGGGUCCUCGGGGCUUUUGCUCAGAGUCCUCACAGCAUUCCUGGAUUCCACUACAUUGGCUGCUCUUCCAUUGACAUUACCUGCUUUGGGAACCCCAUCGUCUUUUCUGAUGGCUGUGUUACUCCCGAAGCUUGCCAGAAGGCUUGCGAAGGUUUUCAGGUCGCUGUCCUUCUGAAUGACUGCGGCAACUCUUGCCCUCAAGAAAACCCUAACGUUGCAAACGUGUACGGAAAAGAGCCCCCUCUUGAGCAGUACACCGCCGCUCCCAAGGCAUCGACUACGGUUUCAUCCUCGUCUGUUUCAACGCCAGCUCCUGUCAGCUCACAGCUGGUGACCCCUACUGGACCAGCACCUGAGCCACAGAGCCAAUCCACAGCCCUUCCCGCUUCACAUUCUGCGUCUUCUCAGACUUCUGAGCCUUGCGCUCCUGCCCAGCCGUCACAGUACCGAACUGCUCAAGGGCAGGCGCCAGAGCCACAGCAAUACGAGACCUCAACUGCAGACGCUGUCCAGGCCACUGAAUCGAACUCUGCAACAUCGGCACCUGCUAUCCCACAAUACGAGACUACUAUGGUUACCAAAGCAGCACCUACCUCCAAGCCAUAUGGAGAGUCGCAUGUGCCUUCUCAAGUACCAGGCUCUGACUCUGCCCGUAUCUGCCUACCAUCAUUUUCUUCCAUUGGCGGUCUUGCACUCAUUGCGUGUUUACCGCGUGCUCAUAUGCCAAGCUUCAAAGUAGAGAUCCCGGGUAAGAAUGAGUUUGAGCUUCCCGAAGCGGGCCUUCGCGAGAUGCAGUCGGGCAUUGCUGAAAAAGAGUCCUUGGUACCCACUGCUAGUGUUGCCUCGACGUCCUCGUUUUCGGGCGACCUGAAGUCGUUGCAUUCGCACAUCAAAUCCAACGUGGCACUGUACGCCAUCAUUCGACGAUACGACACCGCGCCGAAGCUUGCGGCCAUCUCCUACGUGCCCGAUGCCGCCCCGGUGCGGCAGAAGAUGCUGUUCGCAUCGACACGAUUGACAUUGACCCGUGAACUGGGGCUUGAACACUUUCGCGAGAGUCACUUCUUCACGACGCCGGACGAAUUUACCGAGAGCGGCUUUAAGAAGGCAGAUGCCCACGCACAACUCGAGGCGCCCCUAACGGAAGAGGAGCGGACGCUGGGCGAGGUGAAACGGGCAGAACAGGAGGCUGGUGCGGGAACUGGGACGCGGGAAAUUCAUCUGAGCAAGAGCCUGGCCAUGCCUGUAUCCGAGGAGGCUAUUACUGCCCUGAAGGAUAUGCAGGAUAGCCGAGUGGUCACAAUGCUAAAAAUUAACCCAUCUACCGAAGCCGUCGAACUAGUACACGAGUCUCCCAGCCCCGGCACGAUUGCCGAGCUGUCGCAGGCAAUUUCCGGCACCGAGCCGCGCUUCACUUUUUACCGAUACACGCACACGCACAACGGCGAGGAGAAGAGCCCGCUGCUCUUCUUCUACACCUGUCCGGCGUCGGCCGGCGCCAAGUCGAUCAAGAACCGGAUGAUGUAUCCGCUGAUGAAGCGGGCGGUGCUGACGGUUGCGGAACAAGAGGCCGGCCUCGCGAUCGAAAAGAGGUUCGAGGUGGAGGAGACGAGCGAGGUGACGGAGCAGCUCGUCCUGGACGACCUGCACCCAAAACCGGCGGCAAGGCAAGGGUUCAGCCGACCCAAGCGACCGGGUCGGUGA